GCGUAAAAAUGGUGCUCGAUUUGGACCUGUUCCGUAGCGACAAGGGUAAUGAUCCGGAGAAGAUCAAAGAGAACCAAACGAAGCGCUUCAAGGAUGUGGCACUGGUCGAGACGGUUAUCGAGCAGGAUAAGGAAUGGCGCCGGUGCCGCUUCAACACGGACAAUUACAACAAACUGAAGAAUCUCUGCAGUAAAGAAAUUGGCGAAAAGAUGAAAAAGAAGGAACCGCAGGGAGAUGAGAGCGAGCCGGUUCCGAAGGAGUUGGAAGAUCAGCUGCGUGAGAUGCAGUUGAACUCGCUGAAGGAUCUGACCGUUAAUCAGAUCAAGAAGGUGCGUACGUUGAUCGAUCAGGCGGUGUUGGAGAAUGAGCAGCAAAUGAAGGAGUUGGAGGCGAAAAGGAAUGCUGCCCUGCGGGAGGUUGGUAACCAUCUGCACGAUAGCGUACCGGUAAGCAACGACGAGGACGAGAACCGUGUUGAGCGGACGUUCGGUAAUUGUGAAACGCGUCUAAAGUACUCGCACGUCGAUCUGAUCGUGAUGAUCGACGGUAUGAACGGGGACAAGGGUGCGGUUGUGUCCGGUGGGCGCGGAUACUUUCUUACCGGUCCGGCCGUUUUCCUCGAGCAAGCACUGAUUCAGCACGCGCUGCACAGUCUGUACGCGAAAGGAUACACACCACUGUACACGCCGUUCUUUAUGCGUAAGGAAGUAAUGCAGGAGGUGGCCCAGCUGUCUCAGUUUGAUGAGGAACUGUACAAGGUGGUUGGCAAGGGUAGCGAACGGGGCGAAGAUGGUGGUGUGGCAGAUGAGAAGUAUCUGAUCGCUACCUCGGAGCAACCGAUUGCUGCGUACCAUCGAGACGAAUGGAUUCCGGAAGCUUCGUUGCCGAUUAAGUACGCUGGACUGUCGACGUGCUUCCGGCAGGAGGUUGGGUCGCACGGUCGCGACACGAGAGGCAUCUUUCGGGUGCAUCAGUUCGAGAAGGUGGAACAGUUUGUGUUGACCUCACCGCACGACAACAAAUCGUGGGAAAUGAUGGACGAAAUGAUUGGCAAUGCGGAGGCAUUCUGCCAGUCGCUGGGUAUACCGUACCGGGUGGUGAACAUCGUGUCGGGUGCGUUGAAUCAUGCCGCAGCUAAAAAGCUCGAUCUCGAGGCAUGGUUCGCUGGAUCGGGCGCAUUCAGGGAGCUGGUGUCGUGUAGCAACUGUUUGGACUAUCAGGCACGCCGGCUGCUGGUACGUUACGGACAGACGAAGAAGAUGAAUGCGGCCGUCGAUUAUGUGCACAUGCUGAACGCGACCAUGUGUGCGACGACGCGCGUCAUUUGCGCUAUCCUCGAAACGCAUCAAACGGAAACGGGUGUAAAGGUACCGGAAGUGCUGCAGAAAUACAUGCCCGAAAAGUAUCGUGAAGAAAUCCCGUUCGUUAAACCGGCUCCGAUUGACGUGGAACAGGCGGCUGCCGAAGCGAAAAAGGGUGGAAAGAAGGGCGGUGAGAAGAAGUCCGGAACGGCAGCAUAA